GUAGCCGUCCUCCUCCUCCACUGCAAUUUCUACCCGGACAAAGCUUAAAGUAAAGCCCGUGCCAGCGAGACUAACGCCUAUGGACUCACGUACACAACAAAUUUAGUCAUAAACUGGGAAGAAGUGCUUUUGUUAAGAGCAGAAAGAAUGGCUGCACCUACUGAGAACCAAUCAGAACUUUCUGAGAACCAAUCAGAUACAAGUUUAAGUGUAACAGCCACCUAUCAUGUGAGUGAAGACCCCAAGAUUCUUCAAGGAUACUGCAUCAUAAUAAACAACAACACUCAGAAGUAUGAUGAUCAAACAAUAAAAGAAAUGAAAGAAGUGUUAUCAAAUCGGCUUGGGUUUCACAUACAAGUAUACAGUUCUCUAACUCGCAAAGGAAUCAAGCACCUUCUGAAGACAGUAGCCACAGUUGAUCACUCGGGCCAAUACUGUUUUGUACUCAUUGUUCUUAGCGAGGGAGAAAGGGAGAAGGUGAUUUAUGGAAGUGAUGGAAAGAAGCUGGGAGUGAAUGAUCUAGUGAUGCUUUUCUCUCGUGAUGCUUGCUCUUCGUUAGAGGAGAAGCCUAAGCUGUUCUUCACUGAGACACAGUUGAAUGAACCAAAUGAUGUGCAACCACAAUUCAAUGGUGUUCCUCACACUUUCAUUGCUAGCUACUUUGGGAGUUUCCCAGUUGAAAGAAAGCCCAUGCUUACGAUGAUUACGAGUUUGAGAAUUCAAUUUACUAUUCAAGAAUCAUUGGCUGCAUUUGCUAGUGCUAAUGAUCCUACAUUUACCAUGAAAGACGUUUUGACAAAUCCACUACAUUUCUGGGAUCUUACACCUAGAGAUACUGAUAAAGAGCAGCAAUGUGAUGCUAAAUUGAGAUUAGCUCUCAGUGUUCUAUCUAAACUGAGACAAGCAACUGUCGAAAAGCUGGAAAGGGACCGACGGAAAAUCUUUUCUAUAUGUCAAAAUGUCCGUCAGUCAAGAAUUGCUGGAUCUAUUACAUCAUUGGUAGGAGGGGGCUUAGCAGUAAUUGGUAUUGGAUUGAUACCAGUCACUUUUGGAGGCUCAAUAGCGUUAUCUGUUAUAGGAGCUGGUGUAGGAAUAGCUGGUGGAGCAGUUACAAUAGCUUCUACUGUAACUGACAAAGUGAUUUCUAAUCAUAAACUCAAACAAGCCAAAGCUAUAAUAAAUGUUGACAAACAGCUAACAGAGCAAGUGAAUGAAAUUCUCAUGGAAAGAUUCGUUAACAAAGCAAUAAGAGAUAAUCCUGCUGCUAGUACAGAAGAAGCUGUUGCUGUUGUACUUCAAGGUCGUCAGCUACUGAGAACUGGAGCUGUUACUGCUAAUGCUGUAACCAGUGGAGUACAAGUAGCUCGAUCAGCAUUUCAUGGUGGUGCAUUUGCAUUAAGAGUGACUGGAGCAGCAGCAAGAGGCGUCGCUAUAGUAGGAGGAGUAGUUGCUGUCCUCACUGUGCCAUUAGAUCUCGGUGAAUUGAUUUACAAUUCCGUCAAGCUGUACAAUAAAUCAGAAACUAAGGCUACAACGUGGUUUGAAGAGCAAAUAGAAUUUUUAAAAGAGACACAAAAAGGAAUGGAAAAUAUGCUACAGGCCCAAAAUAUUCACAGUGAGGCAGCCAGUGACACAGCUGAACAUUCAGCACUAGAAGAGAAACGUGUUUUACCAGAAGAGAUAUCAUGAAGUAUAACAUUUUGGCAUAAUAUUAGAAGUAUUAUACAGUAUUUAGUAGUUUUUGUAGAUGCAUGCAUAAUUUUUAUUAAUGUGUUUUAUGCAGUGUUUUUGGUAGGCAUAAUAAUUUUUUAGUAUUAGUAUUAGUUUUAGUAUUCAAAAUAAAAUAGUUU